UUUCGGAUGAUUGAGCGAGUCAUCUUCUGUUGCUGCACGUUCUCUUUAUCUUAGCUAUAAAUAGAAUCUAGACAUCUGUUCUAUUUUUUGGUCACAUUUCAUUAAUGUUGGAUGGUGAAUUGUUGGUCUUUCUUCCAAACACUGCAGCUGUUGCAAUGAAUUAUUCAUGGAUUUAGGAACCCAUGAUGCUUGUUAAUUGACGUAUAUUUAGCUCAUUCUGAGUCUUAUCAUAUUAAAAACUGCAUGUAUAAAUAAAUUCUAGUGAGCUUGGAUGUCCCUUAACCAUAAUUCCUAUGUGUAGACAGAUAUAUGACUUCCAACUUUCCAUUUUUAGGUUCUCAAAUGAAGUUUGGCAUCAUGAUGUUCCUGUAUUCAGAUUUAUAAGAACUCUUGGCCGCCAAUUCUUAACUAAUUGUAGCAUUGGACUGUUAUGUGAAGCUGGAGAUGAUAAAUAUCAAUGAAACAUCAUGAUGUUUCUAUACUGAAAGUAGAUGGAAGACUUUUUUUUCAUUCUCAUGCAAAAGGUUCUUUUGCCAUGAAUUUAUGUAAUGAGAAGGCGGCUAGACAGGAAAAAGCAAGGAUAAUGAAAAAUCAUGGAAGCGGAAAAACUUUCUUUUCAUCCCUAAAUAUCCUCAAAUAUUUUUUUUGACAAUUUUGGCCUGUCUAGAGAUUAGAAGAUGAUCUAAUCUUACUUAUUAGCUGUGUCUGGAAGAAAAAUUCUUAGAUUUUCAAAUUUAUUUGUUGCUUUACUGUUUAAUCAGUACUUUAGAACAAUUAUUCUUCUUCUUUUGUGUGCGUGCACGUGUUUGCAUGGAUAUCUUGUGGUUACUUUAUCUUGAUUGCCUACCCUUCUACUUCGGCUUACCAAUUCUUUUUUUUUUUUUUCAGUUUAGCAGUUCUUGCUUUGUAACUUUUUGGCAGAUAUCUUGUUUUCUUAGCUUUUAAGGACAUUGGUUGGUGAAAUGAAGAUUUAUGUUUUUCAGGCGGUUUCCUGAUUGAUGGACUACUCUCCAAGCAAUAGUGACAAGAAAACUUUGAAGAGGUGGUUUUUCAUUGACAAAAGGGUUGGAUAAAACAGCUUUCUGAGUUUGGUGUUUGAAAAUUAACUAGGUUGCAUUUGCUUGGACCAAGUGUCAAUUAUCACAUAGCAUUUAAGGUUGUAUCUUUCUCAACCUGGAUUUAAUGGAUCUUAAAUCAGACCACAGUGCUUCUCUACUCACUGAUCCUGCCCCCAUGAACGAAUCAAGAUUAGGGAUCCAUUCUAGUUUAUACUCGCCCCCAGCUGUUGUUUUCUCUUCUGGAAUCUUCUCGACAAUCCCAAGGAAAAAAACCCUCAUACUUGACGAUGUCCGUUCCAACUCCUGGCUGGAUGCCAUGAAAUCCUCUUCCCCUACCCAUAGCAAGAGACAGACUGAGCUUGUAUCAACUGAUACCGAUGCUACUUAUAGCAAUUGGAUGCUUACAUAUCCCUCGGCACUUGCAUCUUUUGAGCAAAUAGCAAAUUAUGCAAAGUGCAAAAGAGUAGCAUUGUUUCUUGAUUAUGACGGCACUCUUUCCCCUAUAGUAGACAAUCCGGACUAUGCCUUCAUGACUAGUGCUAUGCGUGCUGCUGUGAGGAAUGUGGCACUAUGUUUCCCAACUGCAAUCAUUAGUGGGAGAAGUCGUGACAAGGUAUACGAGUUUGUAGGACUAACGGAACUCUAUUAUGCUGGUAGUCAUGGAAUGGACAUUAUGGGCCCUGUUACGCACCAGAUUAAUGACCAUCUGAACUGUAUUAAGUCCAUAGACAAGCAGGGUAAGGAAUAUAAUGUGUUCCAACCUGCUAGUGGAUUCUUCCCUAUGAUCAAUGAGGUUUUUAGAUCCCUUGUAGCAAUCAGCAAAGAAAUUAAAGGAACACAAGUGGAGAACAACAAGUUUUGUGUCUCUCUACACUAUCGUAAUGUGGAUGAGAAGAAUUGGGCAACAAUCGCUAAACGCGUCCAAGAAAUUUUGAGGGACUAUCCAAAUCUGCGAUUGACGCAUGGCCGCAAGGUUUUAGAAGUCAGGCCUGUGCUUGAUUGGGAUAAGGGUAAAGCUGUCCAGUUCUUACUUGAAGCACUUGGAUUAAGUAACUGUGAUAACGUGCUACCAAUUUACAUUGGGGAUGACCAGACUGAUGAAGAUGCAUUUAAGGUUUUACGGGAGGGAAAUUGUGGUUUUGGAAUUUUGGUGUCUUCUGUGGCCAAGGAAAGCAAUGCUGGCUACUCUCUUAGGGACACAUCAGAGGUGAUGGAGUUCCUCAAGGCACUGGUAGCUUGGAAGAAGUCAAGUUCAGUAUGAACAUGAUACAAAGUUAAAAGACUUUGAUAUCAAUAAGUCCACAUUAGACAGGCUAUGUGUGCUGAUAUUUUACAGAAUUUAAGCAAAUAUUACGAGUUGGGUAGCUGGUCGAGUAAUCGAAACAGCUCCAUUCCAUUUCAAAUUUUGCCCAUGAAUUCCUCUUUUGUUCUUAAUUUUUCUCUGUAAAUCCUUCUUAAUGUUUGAAAUUUGCUUCCAAGUUUAAUCUUUGCAGUU